CUCCUCUUUGUUCAACAAUUCAUUUAAAACAUCAAUUUUCUGCUUCAGAUCGGCGGAGACAAAGCUGAAGACACUUCCCAUGAGUUGAAAGAACCUGAAACAAAGACAAUUGAUUUGCAACAAUUGCUCUCUGCCCAGUUUUUUCCAGAAAAAAAGUUCACUGCCAAUUCAUUUCACAUGAUAUAUCGCAAUACUUGGUAAUUCUAAUUUUUGCCAAAUUGUGGGAAAAAAGGGAAAUCACAGUUGUGAUUGUCAAGACCAAAUGGUAAUAAACCGACUGGCGUCUUUGGUCGAACGAGAGAGAUAUCUGGCGGUGAGUCGAAGAACAGCGUUACUCUGACGCUUCCUAGGAGAAACAUUUUUAAUAAAAAAUUACUACACGGAGCAGCUAAGUGGGGGCCCAAACGAGCCUCACGACAAAUCGCCAAAAAUUGGAGAACCAUCCAGAAGAAAAAUUCCCCUCAACCCAAUGGCUCAAUUAAAUCUUAAGCUCGUGAACGUGAUUUUUCGCCAUGGAGAUCGAAUUCCCGAGAGCGAUUCUUACGAAUCAUUUCCAACGAGUCCAUAUGCAGAAGCGGAUUUCUAUCCGUAUCGAUAUGGGCAAUUGACCAAUAAAGGAAAACAACGUGCGUAUGACCUUGGCAAAUAUAUCCGGGGAAGAUAUAGCGAAUUCUUGGGGGACACGUACAAUCCAAAUAUUUUAACCGCACGCAGUAGUGAUUUGGACAGAACCAAGGCAUCCCUCCAGGCGGUAAUAAUUGGUAUGUACCCUCCUCCACCCGAAGCAAAGUGGAGUCCAGAAUUGAAUUUAAAUAAUAUUGAGAUCAAUUACGUGCCAUGGAACAAAGACAGUCUCCUGCUCCCCGUCGUCAGUCCAAAAUUCAUAUCAGCGGUACACGAAGUCGAGAGUCUUCCUGAAGUACAGGAAGAAGUGGGGAAAUUCCGUGGCUUCCUGGAGGAUCUCUCCAAAUGGACUGGCAGCAAGAUAACGACUAUGAAGCAAUGCGGCAGCGUUUAUCAGGGCUUAUCAGGGCUGCAGUCCUUCGGCCUCCCUCUUCCUGCAUGGACAACUGGAAUCUUUCCCAAGGGGAUGCUUUUCGAUGCCGCUUGUCUGCAUUAUCGAAUUCAAAGUUACAAUAACAUAUUGAAAGCUCUGAAUGGAGGAGCGAUUCUGAAGUACUUCACGAAGAGUAUGUUGGAUGCAGUUCCAAGUGAGGGACCUCCAGAGCGCAAGAUUGUGUUACUGAGUGGUCAUGACACGAAUAUUGCUGGUCUGUUGGCAACUCUCGGAACUCCCGCAGAUCCUGUGCCUGAUUAUUGCAGUGCAAUCUUCGUCGAGUUGUGGGCGAAGAACGAAGCACACUUCGUCAAGAUCCAUUACUACCCAGGAAGCUCAGAUAAACGAGUACCCCUGAAGUUACCCGGUUGCGAUGAACUGUGUAGUCUGGAUGAUUUUAUAAAACUAUUCAGCGAUGCUCUACCCGCAGAGUAAGACCUGAUAUGAAACUCGCUCUUAUGAAUAAAGAAAUCUUUGAUCAUUGUAAA